AUGUCUAAUACAGAAACUGUCCAGUUGAUACGGGCCCUCAGAGCAACCCUUGAUAAGACUAAUGAUGAACCUUUGGACGCUGAAAAUUAUGUCGAUGGUGAGACAACAAACAGGGGAAAUAAGUUGAAAUUUGGGUCAUCACAUCUUCAUAGAGACCAACUCAAUGGAUACAGCAUCAUUCCCGUUAUCGGGAAAGUUCUUAUUAAUGGGGAAGAAAGAGAAUACAUUCAGCGAAAGAGAAAAGCAGAUGCGUCUCCAGGAGAAAAAACUGCAAAGAAGCCUAAAGGAGAGAUAUAUGGUGAAGAACCUGCAAAUGAAGUGGUAGAAGAUGAAGAAGACGAAGAUAAUGAUCCUUAUGAAAACAUUGAUAUUAGAAAAAUAUUGGCACCAAUAACUAAGCCCGAGGAGGCAGUGACGAACCCUGCGAUUUGCAAGAUUUUCCAGGAUGAUUCGUUGCGAAAUUUGGCUUCCCAAGCAAUUGAUAUUAUUGAAUAUGAACAGAAUAAUUCUAUCAAAUUAUCAAAAUUAUUGGAUUUAUUUUUAGGGGAAGACCCAAAGUUCUUGAAACCUGGAAAUAUGAAAUUACCAGAUUAUGAUCAUGAGCUAGCUGAUGGCGAAACCGUCGAAGAAAUUAAGUAUAAGGCAGUCAAGCACAAGAAUGACUAUGUGAUUGAAUCCUCGAACGACCCUGGAAUCAUCAAUAAUGUUAAAGCUGAAGAAUACAUUAGCUCAUUACAAACAAACAACGAAAACAAAAGAAUUACCAGAAAUAUUGACUCUAAUUACCAAGAAGUUGAUCCUUUUUUUGCUUUACCACAAUUUGAAAUUGAUUCAGAUAAUGGCGUUGAUCCACAAAUUGCCAAUGAGGUGAGGCAAAUUGUGCAGAUAAUUCUUCAGAGAAACAGAGAGUACAUCAGAUCAUUACAAAGAAUAAGAUCAGGAUUAAUCAGGGCCGAACGUUUGAAGGACCAGGUUUACAAAUGGUGCAAAGAAAUUAAUGGAGAUUAUGAUAGUGAAGUGCUACCCCCAGCGAUUAAUGAAAAAAAGAAAUAA